AUGGGUGCUCAAGGGAUGUUUAGGGGGAAAACAAAAGUUCAGGUUACUGGGAUACAUUGCAGAAAUGAUCUGAAAGACAUAUGUUCCUUGAGAAGGAAAUGGGUGUCUCAAAAGUACAUAGAGAGGCCACUUCUUGUAUAUGGAACCAAAAUUGAUCUCCGUCAGCAUUUCCUCAUAACGGACUGGAACCCGUUAACUAUCUGGUUCUAUAAGCACAGUUUCAUCCGUUUCUCAUCUCAGCCCUACACAGUGGAGCGUUUAGAUACCGCCAUCCAUGUAUGUAAUAACAGCAUACAGAGGAAAUUAAAGAAUGCACCAAAUCGUCACCCCAACCUGCCUGAAGAAAACAUGUGGCACAGUGACGAAUUCAAAGAGUAUCUUUGUACAAUCGGAAAAGAGCAAGUCUGGGAUUUAAUCAUUAUACCAGGGAUGAAGAAAGCCCUCAUUCAAACUAUGAAGGCCGCCGAGGAAAAUGUGAUGUACAAGAAAAACAGUUUUGACCUUUUUGGUGCAGAUUUUAUGUUUGGAGAAAACUUCCAGCCCUGGCUCCUUGAGAUCAAUCUCAAACCUGACAUAAUCAAAGACACCUCAGUAAUGGAGAAGCUUGUUCCACCAAUGGUAGAGGACAUGCUACGUGUGGUGAUUGAUUACAAGGAUGACCCUAACUGUAACGUGGGAGGAUUUGAACUUAUAUAUAAACACGUAAGUGCAAGACAAGAGAAAGAAACUUUGAUACUGAUGAAUGUCUAAAGAAUAAUAUAACCUCCGGCAUAU